CCCUACCUUCAAUCAAAUCUUGUUCUGAUUCCGCGGAAAAUCUUUCAAGUUCGGAUAGAUCACCCUCAUUCAUAUUUUUGUUGUUUUUUGCCUUUGUCGUUAGUAAAGCUCCAUCGCGCUACGAGUAGAUUUCAUACAUCAAUAGUUGUCAAUUUAUUUUCAUGUUUACCCCUCAAUUUUAAAGUAUGAUUUAAGAUUAUCCUCAAUUCUUUAACAACGAACAAUUUGGGGAAAAUAAAAAAGGGAAAAUGAGUAGCUCAGCAACCGCACCAUGGAAGCAGAUUCUUCUCAAUUCCAUCAGCUCCAAUUCCCAUCUCAAGCAUUCCAUCUACUUUCAGCUCGCAACUGUUGGAUCGAAUGGAAGACCCUCUAAUCGAACUGUUGUCUUUCGAGGAUUUCAAGAUGGUACUGAUAAGAUUCAAAUUAAUAGUGACUCACGAAGCCGUAAGAUUGAAGAUCUUAAGCAUUGCCCAUUUGCAGAGGUGUGCUGGUAUUUCACUGAAACUUGGGAACAAUUCCGAAUUCAUGGAAGAGUCGAUAUGAUUGAUGCAUCAAACUCUGACCCAGAUAAACUUAGGCAAAGGGAGGUAGCUUGGUUUGCUGGUUCUGUCAGAUCAAGACUACAAUAUUUGGGGCUUACCCCAGGGCUUCCUUCUCUAGAUGAACAACCAUCAAACGAUUCAUUGGAUCCCUCUGCUGGUCCAGUUGAUGCAUUCUGCCUUCUAGUUCUGGACCCUGAGAAGGUUGAUUAUCUGAACUUGAAGAGUAAUGAGAGGCUAGCAUUUUCAACUGGACGAAGUGUCAACGUGCCUGAUGAAAGCAAUCAGCUGAAUUUGAAGCACAUGUGUACUAAAGUACCUCUAUCUAAGCUCUAAUUUUUCACUUUCUGUUUGUGGUCCCCAGUAUUCUUUGUCGCUUGCUGGAAGCCACCCACCAUUCAGAACAUUUUAUUUGGAGAAUACUGGUAGCUUUCAAAUUUCUCCAAUGGAACCCUUUUCUAUCUUGUGAGUUAUGAUUUAUCAGUAUGAUAAAUUGACAAAGUUCAUGGUUGAAAUGUUGUGACAAUUUAAUGACCAAAUGCUUGUGCUAAGCACUUGUCAGAUGUACUUGAAGGAUAUGUCAAAUGCUGAGUAUUUAAAGGUAAUUAGUUGGUUAUCUGCUACCUUAAGGCUAAAUGUA